AUGACUGCAAAGAGACAACGAACGGUCCAAGGAUCCUGCUGGCCCUGUAAGCAACGACGCGUGAAAUGCGACCUAGUUCGCCCCCGGUGCCGGCGUUGCAUCGUGUCGGGUGCCCAAUGCAGCUUCGACAAGAUACUGGUACGAUGGAACUCGCGUCCAACGAAAGCUGCUCCAAUUGCAUAUCAAGCCUCAAGCUCGUCGCCCAAAUCCAACCUGUUUAGCCAGAUUCAGGACAAUCGCCUAGCAGCCGGUGAACUUAAAGCGCUUGACUACUUCCAGGCUGCCUUGUGGCCCUUGCUAUCCACUGCUACACAGCCAUGUCCGCCACCGAUAUCUCUUGCCUUAGAAUCAGAGCCAGUAUUGCUAGCCAUGUGUGAGUUAGCAGAGGCACAUCGGUUGCUCCAGCAAGAAGGAAGUCCGAUACAUUUGCAGGCUAUAAGUAACAAGAGAUUGACUUGUCUAUCUUCUGUUCGAAAGCAGCUUCGAGAAAGUGUUUCAAAUAACCAAUCCCUUUCUCAACUGCUUGUCGCCGUCCUGCUACUGUAUUUUCUGGAUGGUUUCAUCGACUGCGCGGAGCAGUCCGCUUCCACAACAAGUCAUCAGGCUGGCGUGCGAGCUAUUGUCGAACAGCUUGGUGGAUUUAACGUGGUUAUAGACGAGGGCCAAAAAGAUACUCCCCAUAUGCUUCUAUCUGAGUUUGCAUCCACAGAUCUCACUCGCGCUAUACUUGACGACAGGCCUCCCUGUUUCCCUGCCCGAAUCUGGCUGAAUAUCGAAAGAGGUAUAGUGUGGUGGGAGAAACAGACAUAUGGGGUAACUCUGGCGGUAGUGUUUCGCACAAUGGCACAAAUAGCCUUCUACCGACAGUCAAUUCAAGCCGGCGACGAGGAACUAUCCAUCGAAAAAGUUCGCGACUUCGAAAGGUGUCUCCAGCCAAGUUUUUCGGUGCUGAGUCUCGAUCAUUUCAACUGUCCGGAAGAGGAGACUCUCUCGAAGUUCGAAUUGGAGCGUGUCAAUCAAACGAUCGCAUUUACCCGGGCCUUCCAGCACAGUGCUCUGAUAUACCUUUACCGGGCUGUUUGCGGGCUUCCGCCGAGACAUCAUCUUGUUCAGCAACAUGUGAACUUCUGCAUGGGAUGCAUUAAGGCUAUCAGUAGCAGUUCCAAGGCCCAUAACUGUAUUGUGUUUCCCGUUUAUGUCAUCGGUGCCCACUCAUUCACCCAAGACCACCAGCGGGAUAUGCUCGACAAAUUGGAUUCUAUAUAUCGAACACUUCGCUUCAAUUCGUUGUUGAGUAUUCGUGCGGCUUUGGAGGACUUAUGGUCUUCUCAGAGGCAGGAGGGUGAUUGGAGAGAUAUGUUUACUGGUCUGGGAAACCAUGUCCUGGUAUUAUAA